AUGGAAGACCAAAGAGAGUCAGAUAUGGAGGCAGAUAUAGAGAUGGUGGUGGAUCAUAUUCCCCGUAAAUUUACUUACGGGGAACUCAGCGCGGGCACUAAUAAUUUCAGCGAAUCCUACAAGCUGGGACAUGGAGGCUUCGGCGAUGUCUACAAAGCUAUUUUAGUGAACUCGGACGAAAUCGUAGCAGUAAAACGCAUAUCAGCUGGAUCAAGGCAAGGGAAAAAGGAAUAUCUUGCAGAAAUAAGCACAAUUACCCGUCUAAGACAUCGGAAUUUGGUUCAGUUGUUGGGCUGGUGCCAUGAAAAGGCUAGACUCAUAUUGGUCUACGAGUAUAUGCCUAAUGAAAGUCUAGACAAAUUCAUCUUUGGAUCAAGAAGAGGAGAGCUAGAUUGGAGGCGCAGGUAUAGAAUUGCCUCCGACAUAGCCUCUGCGCUUCUUUACCUUCACGAGUUGUGGGAUGAAUGUGUUUUGCACAGAGACAUUAAAUCAAGCAAUGUUAUGCUGGAUUCUGAAUUCAAUGCAAAGCUGGAGUUCGGAUUGGCACGACUGGUGAAGCAUAAUCAAUGGUCUCAAACCUCGACUAUAGCAGAAACUCUCGGGUACCUGGCCCCUGAAUGUGCAGUCACAGGAAUCUCCAGCUCAGAAUCAGACGUCUUCAGCUUUGGAGCCGUUGCUUUGGAAAUUGCUUGCGGAAUGCGAGCCCUUGAUUUCAGCCUGGGAGAAUCAAUGACACGCCUUGUGGAGCGGGUGUGGAAUUUAUACGGGCAAGGAAGAUUGUUUGACGCAGCCGACAGCAGUUUGAAUGGAGAGUUCGACAGGGCAGAAAUGGAGACGCUGAUUAUGAUAGGACUAUGGUGCUCGCAUCCAGAUCCUUUUACCAGACCUACAAUAAGGCAAGUACUCCAGCUCUUAAACUUCGAAGUGCCGCUGCCUCGCCUUCCACCCAUACUGCCUACCGCAGCAUACUCUCCUCUUGGACCGGGUUCUACAUCGGAUUUUCCUCCACCAGCUGGCUCUUAUUCACACGAGAUGCGACUUCUUUCAAGUUCUGCCUCGUCUUCUUCCGCUCUGGCGUCUGAAUCAGCCAAUUAA